CAUCAGCUGAUCCAAAUUGUCAUGUGGUUGGGAAAGAUCUGUCAUUCGCUUAGCCCAUUAUCUAGCUGCAAUGCUCGAUUGUUGAAUUAAUGACUUUCUAGGUAUAUAUGGGCUGUUUCACUACGUUCAGCCUUUAAAUUAGCCAGAGGAAAUCUUGCAAAAGCGGAUAUUUUGAUUAUUGUGAUAAAGUAACGUAGGCUAAACGUCAGCAAAGCAAGCUAUCACACGAGUGUGUGUUGUUGAUGAGUGUGCAGCUAGCAAGCCUGGGAGGUUGUUUAUCACUAAUCCGGUCUAGUUUCAGGAAAACCCUGGUCAGUUGAUAAUAGGUUGUCAUUGAAAUACCAUAAUGUUGCCGCGAUCCUGAGGUGUUGACUGGGACAAAAAAAAGAGUGAUGUACUCUCCUAUGCGAAAGGACUACGUCGCGCUGACCUUGCGUGACCAGUACAGCCAUAACUAUACCAACGGGAAACAAUGGAGGAGGCAGUCCUGCUGGAGGAAAUGGAAACAACUCUCCCGGAUGCAGCGCAGUCUGAUCCUCUUCCUGCUGGCGCUGUUGCUGGCCUGUGGCAUCAUCUCGUAUCCCAGCCUGAGUCAGCACUGGAGAGGGCUGUCUGACCGCUCUGCAGAGGACGACUGGGAUGCCGAGGACAUCAAAGGGGUCCGGCCCAUCCCGCCCGGUGCCAUGCCAAAAGUCAACCCUGACCAUGUCCCAGAGGCAGCGCCCCAGGAGAUCAUUCCCGAGCUGCAGAGGCCAAACCUCCCCAUCCUUCCUAAACCACCAGAAAUGAAGAAACCUGCUCCAAACAAACGAGGUCCACCUGUUCUCCAGAAGCGAGGCAAUACAUCGGACACUCAGGUGAAGGAGAAACAAGAACCCUCAGAGAAGAAUGAGGGAGCACGCGAGGAGGAACAGAAAGGAGAGACGGAGGAGGAACAGAAAGGAGAGAAGGCUCUUAUCAGCUGGAGAGGGACCGUGAUCGAGGCCGAGCAGUCCACAGACCCCCCACCCUCAGUGCAGGAGAAGGAAGGAGCAGCUGGGCCGGCCAAGCCUGGGGAAGCUGCACCACUGGCCCCAGCAGCAUCGGUCUCUCCAGAGGACCGUGUGGAGGCAGUGCGGGAGGCCUUCAGGCAUGCGUGGAAGGGCUAUAAGGAGUUUGCCUGGGGCCACGACGAGCUGAAGCCCAUCACCAAGACCUACGGGGAGUGGUUCGGCCUGGGCCUCAGCAUCAUCGACGCCCUGGACACUAUGUGGAUCCUGGGGCUCAAAGAAGAGUUUGAGGAGGCGAGGAUCUGGGUGAAAGAUGAGUUGUCAUUCAACAAGAACGUGGACGUGAAUCUGUUUGAGACCACCAUCCGCAUCCUGGGAGGUCUGCUCAGCACCUACCACCUGACCGGAGACGGGCUGUUCCUGGACAAGGCUAAAGACAUCGGAGCCAGGCUUAUGCCUGCCUUCAAAACCCCAUCUAAAAUCCCCUUCUCGGAUGUAAACAUUGGCAAAGGCACCGCCCGCCCACCCCGCUGGACCACCGACAGCACCGUUGCCGAGGUAACCAGCAUCCAGCUGGAGUUCCGCGAGCUCAGCCGUCUCACUAACGACCCGCAGUACCAGACGGUGGUGGACGAGGUCAUGAGCCGAGUGCACCGCCUGGAGGGCAAGCAUGAUGGCCUGGUGCCCAUGUUCAUCAACACCAACAGCGGCAAGUUCACCCACCGCGGCGUCUACACGUUGGGUGCCCGCGCCGACAGCUACUACGAGUACCUGCUCAAGCAGUGGCUGCAGGGAGGCAAGACCGAGACAGCCCUGUUGGAGGACUACCUUCAGGCGAUUGAGGGCGUGAGGAAGAACCUACUGAAGAAGACUCAGCCCAGUCUGCUGACAUUUGUGGGGGAGCUGUCUCACGGCCGCCUCAACCCCAAAAUGGACCACCUGGUGUGUUUCCUGCCGGGCACGCUGGCGCUGGGGGCCCACAACGGCCUGCCCGCGGAGCACAUGGAGCUGGCCCUGGAGCUGAUGGAUACCUGCCACCAGAUGUACGCCCAGAUGGAGACGGGCCUGAGCCCCGAGAUCGCCCACUUCAAUCUGCAGCCCCGCAACGGACGCGACGUGGACGUCAAGCCUGCAGACAGACACAAUCUCCUGCGGCCAGAGACGGUCGAGAGCCUCUUCUACCUGUACAGGUACACCCACGACUCCAAGUACAGGGACUGGGGCUGGGAGAUCCUGCAGAGCUUCAACAAGUACACCAGAGUGCCCACAGGGGGCUACAGCUCCAUCUCAAACGUCCGCGACCCGGUGAGCCCAGGGCCCAGGGACAAGAUGGAGAGCUUCUUCCUGGGCGAGACGCUGAAGUACCUCUUCCUGCUCUUCUCCGACGAUGAGCAGCUCGUCAGCCUGGACAAGUACGUGUUCAACACGGAGGCGCACCCGCUGCCUCUCUGGCCCGUAGCCUCCUGAGAGGACCAGAAACCAGGUCGGGCAGCGCAACAGGAUCAGCCCUCCUCCUCCUCCUCCUCCUCCUCCUCCUCCUCCUCUCCUCUUCUAACCCCCAUGGGACACAGCUCAUGUUGACUGCGAGUGUCAAACUCCACUAGGACCAGCUUGGUGGAAGUUGACUGCCAUCAGUGAGUGUGCCUUUUUGUCAGUUAGGUGAGGAGGAUGCUGCUGAGAAAAUGCAGUGAAGGGAUGAAAGUUCACAUGAGGACAUUAUAUAUAUCUCUCUCUCUCUUCUCUCCUAUCUAUCUAUCUAUCGAUCUAUCUAUGAAUGACUCUUGUUGAUGGAGGUCAGUGAAAAUUCCAGACUCUGAGCCUAUAGCUGUAAGAUACAGAUCAAACACUUUGAACCAAGAACGGGAAAAGUCGUGCUCUGGAGCGAAAAACAGUCUUCUCUUUCAUUUCUCUGCGGUUUGCCAUGUCAGAGGAAUACCAAACCCACAGCGUGCUUUAGUCAACGUUUCUUCCAUGUUGGAAGACAGAACCCCAGACUAUGGAUAAUCUGCCAACCUGAUGAGAAGCAUCCUUUGAGGACACUAGUCACGUGAAACAUUGUUGUUUUCACAGACAUCUGUGAUUCCCCUAACAGAUAAAACAUCUGAGUCAGUGACACCUGAGUGGGGUGGCUAGGGAGGGAUUGUGUAUUCACACUGUGAUUAGGUGCUUGGCACUACCAUCAGUUGUCAUUUUUUGUAUACAAUGUGUCUUAUCCAAGAGGAUGUCCAUGACCAUCAAAAAACACAUCCUUCUAAAUGACCUCAAAUUGGGUCCAGAGGAAGGACAAAUGCACAUUUAAGAAAAUUAAUGGAAUGUUUUUUUUCUCGGAAAAACUGAAUUGUUUUUGUGUUUUGAAGGGAAAAGCACAAACAUAACUGUGCAAGGACAAAUAUUUCAUAAAAAUGGAUCACAGUUACUGUGUGUUCUAGAUGCGGAGCAUCCAGAUUGUUUCUAACACUAAUGUGUCCAUUUGAGUUAUAUCCUGAUUCGAGUGGGGCCAUGCUAAACAAACAUCUAUUUAUUUUGAUAAAGUUUUAUUAUUAUUUUUAAUAUAUCAAAGUCUUGUACAGUGAAUGUCACUUGCACUCUCUCCCUGCUGUUACGCUUGAGUGUCGUUUUGUAUUUGUUUGUGUUUAUUUAUGACUUGCACUUUGUUGACAUUCAGCCGCUCUGCUGUAACACAGAGAAACAUUGGAUCUGUGUUCUGUCAGAUGUAAUGCACGGUGGGCUCUGAAGCCCAAUGGAUUUAUGUCUCUAUGCCGCUCACAGGCGCAGACAAAGUUUUGCACCAUGCACUUGUCUCAAGGCGUGCAGGUCAAAUUUGUUUUCGAUUCCUGCUAUUCAGCAAUUUGACUCCAUUUGAUUUGCUGAAGUGGAAAAAUACUCUCUGUGAAGAAACCCUUUUUCUGCCUCAGCAGCUCCAAUUACAGACCAAAUGUUCAAAGCCACCAGCCCACCUCUUAACUACAGGAAAAAACAACCAAACACAUUGCACAAUGUGGUUUAAAGAAUCAUACCUUGUGGAUUUGCUGCCUUUUAAAGCGAAGGCAUUGUCUCAACUGAUGCACUUCUUGUGUGCGUAUAUUUCUAGAGCCCUUCUUUGUGGCGUUAACCUCUCGUUUUAGGCUGGGUGUGGCAAAGGGACACAGGUUGGCACAGUGCAGCCUUAGUUUAUGCCAGCUGGCAACUCUCACACACACAGUGAUUUACCUGCCAAUGCCACUCGUCCUUACGGCAAAUGGAAGUCCAUAACAUGUUACUUGAUGCUGUAAAAAAUGUAUGUACACAGUGUGGAUCUUGUUCAAAACACUUCCCACAGCCAUGUUGCCCUUUUGCACUUUUUAGGUAUUGAUUUAUUUCUUUGCUUGAAUUCUUAACAGGAAACUGUUAUCUGGAAAUGUUUAUGUGAUGUAAAUAAUUCAUGGGGAGUCGUUGUGAAUAUAGUGGGAUUGAUCAGACUGACAGUCUUUUGUAUGCCUCCUCUUGCCGGAGCUCUUCAUUUAGAUCAAUCUUGCAUGCUUGCUUCACCCACAGAUGUCCUCUAAAUAUGCUUUUUUGUCUUUUUUUCCCCACAGCAAGCAUAAGGCUUUGGCUUUAAAGUGCUGAAGUCAUGUGGUUUCAAAGAUUUACUGCAUUGACAUGUUGAUCUUCUCACGCAGACAACCACCGUUUCAGCUGAUUACUUUAUGCCUUUCGGCCACUUUUGUUUUCCAAGACCACCGCCAGGGUGAAACAAGACUGCAAACAGAGAACAAAGUGAACUUAAGAAAAUAUUUAAUAAAAAAUGUUAAAUAAUUA